AUGACAGAUCCUGAACUGGUGACCUUUCGCAGACCGGAAAGUCCCCAAGACGACUACCGGAGGGCCAUCCUAGACGUCGAGAUCCGCCGUGGAGCUGCAAGCCAGCUAGCCAGCGGUAUCAUCUAUGGCAUUCGGGAAACCUCAGGCCAGAUACCUGACAACUUCUACACCGACAUCAAGCUCAAAUAUUUUCGCGCCGGCGGUGCGCAGCUCUUGGACGUAGAGCGGCGAGGAUGGCAGGCCGGCGACUACGCAGGUCGAUUAGCAAACACGCUCAGCAACUAUAGGAUGGCUCGCAGGUGCGGAGGGGAGUUCCAGGUGCUGCUUCACGACCUCUGGGGCAACGACACGACUGCCGCGCAGAGCAACUGA